AUGAAGUUGCUUCGGGGUCUGGCUAUGGAACUGCCUCAGGCUCUGGUUAUGAAGCUGUUUCACGGUCUGGUUAUGAUACCGCCUCUGGACCUGUCUAUGAAGCUGCUUCAGGGUCUGGUUAUGAAACCGCCUCGGGCCCUGGCUAUGAAGCGGUUUCACGGUCUGGUUAUGGUACCGCCUCUGGACCUGGCUAUGAAGCUGCUUCAGGGUCUGGUUAUGAAACCGCCUCGGGUCCUGGCUAUGAAGCUGCUUCAGGGUCUGGCUGCAAAAUUGCAGUUUCUGAAUACGAAACUAAUUUAA